AUGGCCAAUUUGAAGCAAUUUAUGGAUCGGUUUGAUGCAGAUAGGGAUAAAAACCAAUUGGAGGGAUGGAAGCAACGAAUUGAGACGGUCUACAGGGAAUUCCAAUCGAACCGACUACAACUGGAACUUCUGUUCGAUGACACAAAAGAGGACGCAACUGAUGAAGAAACGGAGAGUAGUAAUCGACUCAUUCGGCAGAACUUUGAGCUCGAUUAUGUUCGUGCAUACGGGUUCCUAACCACGAAAAUUCGUGAGCUUAAUGCAGGCUCACAGCACGUUUCCCAAGCCGUAGCAGUAGUUAAUGCGCCAAAUCCACCACAGACACGAAUUAAAAUCCCUGAAGUAAAACUUCCAACGUUCGAUGGAUCCAUUUCGGAAUGGAUCACAUUCAGAGAUACUUAUCAAUCUCUAAUUGAUUCUAAUGCGCAGUUAUCGCAAAUAGACAAAUUAUCUUACCUUGUUGCAUCGUUAACCAAGGAUGCACGAAAGGUUAUUGAAGCGAUCGAGCUUACCGACGCAAAUUAUGCCGUUGCGUGGCAGUUGUUGGAGAAGCGUUUCAACAACAAAAAGUUAGUAGUAAAAUCAUACAUCGAUUCGCUUUUCGCAAUCGAACCAAUGAAGAGGGAAUGCUACGAGUCCCUUAUGCGCUUGAUCGACGAUUUCGAGCGCAACCUAUGCCUAAUCAACAAAGUGGGCAUCGAAACAGAUGGUUGGAGUGUGCUUCUAUCCCACAUGGUCUGCAGUAGACUUGAUUCAUCUACCUUGCUGCACUGGGAAGCUCACCACAAGUCCACUGAGGUUCCAAAGUAUCGGGAUCUCAUCGAUUUUCUACGCACGCAUUUAAUGGUUCUACAGUCAUUGACACCUUCGAAGUCUCGCUUAUCUGAUUCGCACAAAUCGGAAUCCUAUCGGCCGUCGAAAUUCUCGAAAGUUAAUACAGUCCACACUAUCACUAAUUCGACAACUGGUUCCUGUCCGUUCUGUUCGAAGACUCCACACUCACCAUUCAAAUGCGACGUGUUCCUGAAAAUGGCUGUCUCUCAACGUUACGAACAAGUGAAGAAGAAGUUCCUCUGCAUAAAUUGUUUAUCGUCCUCGCACCUUGCGAAGGUCUGUACGUCCGGCGGAUGCAGAGUAUGCAACCAAAAGCACCAUACUAUGCUGCACCAUCCUCCUAGCGAUCGCUCGUCUGUGCAACAGAAAUCCAAUGCACCUCUUGUUCCUGGUUCGACUUUACAACCUUCGAACCAUACAAAUUCCUCCGAUCAGUCUUCCUCGCAAUCUCGGUACAAUUCAUCGUUUGAAACCCAGCGCCCUCAACCUCAACCCAACCAACUAGCCUCGUUUCCACUACUCUCGUUGCCAACAGUCGAAAUGUUCCGGCUACUGUGCUGCUGCAAACAGCGAUAG